AUUUGGUCCAACGACGAUGGCAUCGAACAUAAAUCUUUCAAAUUUUGACUUUCGCCACUCAGAUGACAACUCUUCAAGGCCAAGCUAUGAAGGUGCAGGGUGAUCAUGAGGAAGAAAUUGGCGAUAAUAUCGGAGAGUUCCGCAUGUUUGCGGAUACGCACGGGCUCAUCACGACCACGAUGAAUGAGAUUCCUCAGUAUCGCAUUGUCAAAGUGCUCGGUACGGUUUAUGGGUUAUCUGUGCGUUCGCGCAAUAUUGCGGCAGGGACCUGGACAGCUUUAAGAUCUGUUGCAGGUGGAGAACUGAAGUCAAUGACGAAACUUCUUUACUCGUCACGAGAUCAGGCUGUGGAGAGAAUGGUCGGAGAAUGUGUGAGCAGAGGUGGGAACGCUAUUGUGGCACUGAGGUUUGAUACCAGUGAACUACUACAAUUUGCGCAAGUCUGUUCGUAUGGCACCGCUUGCAUAGUCGAGCCGGUUUAGUGGUGAAUAUGUCAAUGUGGAGUCCAGGUCGUCACAGGUCACAUCAACUUCUCCAGUUAAGAUUGAUUUUGCUUCCGAGAACAUGAUGUAUUUCAUAUCUGGGUAUGGAAGGGAAGAUUGUUCAACACAUAUCACAUU